UGGAGCCAAUAUAAGCUCCUCCCAAUUUUGUGACAUUUGUGACGUCAGACUUAGGCUGUCCAUUAUUGUUGAUGCAAAGUGGACUUAACUUUUUUUAUUUGCGUACCCGUUAGCGUGUACCUAGACACAUUUAAUAAUUUUGGCUGAAGACAUGUACCAUAAGAGGCCAUUAAAAAUAACAGUUGGUACUGAUAAAAAGGAAGAAGCAUUGCCAACCGAAUAAAGUUAACCUGCCACAACGUGGUUACUCUCUUUCCUUCAACUCAUUGAAAAGUGUGGUUCGAAGUUUUUUCUCAUUAAAGAUUUGCUGUAUUUUCAGCACUUUGCAAUUUAUAAAUCAGUAAAAUGGUUGCCCAAAAGAAACAGAAGAAGGCGAUUGAAAGUAUCAACAGCCGUUUGGCUUUGGUAAUGAAAUCUGGCAAAUAUUGUCUGGGAUACAAGCAGACCUUAAAAACAUUGAGACAAGGUAAAUCAAAACUUAUUAUCAUUUCUAACAACACUCCUCCCCUAAGGAAAUCCGAAAUUGAAUACUACGCUAUGUUGGCUAAAACUGGAGUCCACCAUUAUUCUGGAAAUAAUGUAGAGCUAGGCACAGCAUGCGGAAAAUACUUCAGGGUGUGCGCUAUGUCCAUUACAGAUCCCGGAGAUAGUGAUAUCAUUAGAUCCAUGCCUGCAUCUGAAGGUGGUGAAAAAUAAAUCAAGUAGCUUAUCUUUUAUAAUUUAAUUCUUUUUUCAAUAAAAUAUUGAACCAUUA